AUGUCUUCAGAGACGAACUCUGAUAUCUCGAAACGUGUUGUGGAAGACCCCGUUCUCGCUAAGUCUACUGCCGACGAAGAGGCGGCUUUGGAAAAGGGACAGGAAACCACACCAGAUGCUCCAGGAGCAGAGGCAACAGAACCAGCAUCUCCUCGAGAUGUUCAUGGAUUAUCGUGGGUUCUAGUCAUUAUCAGUAUUCUCGGUUCAACAUUUCUGUUUGGGUUAGAUAACACCAUUGCUGCCGAUGUGCAACCUGCAAUCAUUGAGCGGUUCAAUUCCAUCAACAAGAUCUCAUGGGUUUCUGUUGCGUUCAUGAUGGGAGCUGGAUCUACCAAUCUAUUCUGCCACAUGUAUAGCCAAUUCAACCUCAAAUACCUCUAUAUCAUUUCAAUAGCCCUCUUUCAGAUUGGAUCUGCCCUAUGUGGUGCAGCCCCCAACAUGGAUGUCCUGAUUGUUGGUCGUGCAAUUUGUGGUAUCGGCGGUGCUGGUUCAUACGUUGGGGUUAUGACGCUGCUUUCAGUGUUGACCACAGAUCAAGAACGCCCGGCUUAUCUGUCGAUUCCGAGUAUUACUUGGGGUACAGCGAUGGUUCUUGGUCCUAUUAUCGGAGGUGCUUUCACCGUCAGCAAAGUCGGUUGGAGAUGGGCUUUCUACAUCAACCUAUUGAUUGGUGCAGCCUGCGCCCCGGUCUACCUCACUCUUGUUCCUUCUAAAGACGCUCGUCCUGGUGCCACCAUGAAGGACCGCACGAAGAAGAUUGAUAUUAUCGGGUUUAUCCUUUUGUCCGGCAUAUUCGUCUCGCUUUUGAUGGCAAUUUCUUUCGGCGGGGCUGUGUAUCCCUGGAACAGUAGUCGCAUCAUUGCACUCUUCGUUGUUGCCGGAGUUCUGGCCAUUAUCUACUGGCUACAGCAAGGCUUCACUUUCGGAACUCCCAAGGCGAAUCCUACAUACAUACCAGUCUACUUCCUGCCACUCUAUUUUCAGCUAAUUCGCGGGGAUUCGGCUCUGAUGGCAGGUGUACGGUUACUACCUCUGGUGUGCUUCCUGAUUGCUGCCAUUUUGUUUGCCGGUCAAGUAGUCAGUCGUACAGGACAUUGGCAGGCUUGGUUCUUCGGCGGCUCGGUGCUUGUCCUCAUCGGAAGCGCAUUGCUUUAUACUGUCGAUGAGCACACCAGCAAUGCAAAAAUCUACGGCUAUUCCAUUAUUGUUGGUACGGGUGCAGGGUCGUUUCUCCAGUUACCGUUUGCCGCAGCAUCAUUCUCCGUGGCCCCCAAUUGGAUCCCUGUUGCGAUAGGUCUGAUCUCUUUCGCACAGCUUGCUGCGCCCUCGGUCACAUUGUCGAUUGCAAAUACGGUCUUCGUCAACAAGGCCACCUUGCACCUGAUGGCAUACCUACCGGAAUACUCUGAGGACCAGAUCACUCGCAUGAUUUCCGGCGUUGGCAGUCAGUAUCUCGACCAAAUGUCUACCGGUCAGCGUGAAGGUGUGUUUAGUAUUAUCACUCACGCAAUGGGCAAGUCUUAUACUCUUGUGAUCACCUGCGGUGCUACUAGCUUGAUUCUAUCCACGAUCCUGGUUGGUCUGAACUUUGCAAACCGAAAGAAGAGCAAGACCGCAGAGAGUGAUUCUACCUAG